AACAGCGCGACAUAACGGGGUGUGUUGGCCAGUACGUGUAAACAAUAGAUAGCAAGGCCGGAAGGUACGCUUCACAACUCUGUCCAUAGCAGUCGGUUUUCCUCCUUGGACGGACGUAGAUGCCUGCUCUGUUUUCUCUUCUGACACUUCUGCGACGUUGAAAUUCCGUUGUUCGUCAGCCCGCAGUUUGAAACUUUAUAGAUCAUUGUUACUCUGAUUUCGCGUGUGACAUCGUGACCUUAGCUGACCCGAUACGAUGGCCGAUAUAUGUGACCUGAAUUGCACGUGUCAUGACUUCUUGGAAAGCAGGGAUAAACCUCCGUGCUACUUGUGUGCUGAUCAGGAGUGCUCCAUUGCAGGAAGACGACAGAGACGCUUAGACGCAGGCGAUUUCAGGAGAGAAACCUCGCCGUCCACCGCCCGUCAACGGAGGGAAACGUCGCCGAUAACGAUAGAAUUGUCCCGAAAAUGGCACACGCGCCUCGGCCUCGUCGUCGCGCGGGAUGUGAGGAACCGGGUCGUCAUUCGCGACAUCCUGCCGGGGACGCUGGCGGAGCAGGACGGGCGACUGCAGGUUGGAGACGUCCUCGUCAAGGCAGAUGGACAGGAUCUCGAUGACUUGGAGAUGUGUCAGGUGUAUGAGUGCCUGAGGACGUGUGGGAAUACGAUUUCUUUGCGAGUCCUCCCUGAGGUGAAGCGAUGGGCGUGAGGGCCUGUGGGCGCAGGGGCGUGGGGGGAAAGCGUUCGGUUCUUUAUUUUGAUGCCCUGAUCUGGAACCAAUACACUUGACAA